CUUAUCUUUGUCAAGGAACAAUCGACGGGUUGCUUGGAGCUAGGUUGCUUAGCUCACGUCAGUCAAACACACGGGGUUCGCCCAAUUUCUAGCUCUAUACUGAGCACAGAUAUUGCCUCUUACUACGGCGCGUAUCACCAAGUGGUUUGUGUCAACCGUAUGAGAGCAGCCUGGGACAAAAUGUUGAAUUGCUGACAUUAAGUUGUCCGCGCAUUGCGCUGGUCGCUACCGCGAACCCGUGGAGCUGAAGGACGAAUGGAGGUGUUAACCGAAUCUGGGCUUAUCGCGGAGGUCGCUGUUGGGACUUUCGCGUUCAAGAACAAAAUCCAGCCCGGCUCGUUGAAGCUGCUGUGGGACAAGCUGUCGCGGUUCGUGGCAGAUGCCCUCAAGCAGCAGAAGGGCGUGCUGUUGCCAAACCUAGGAACCUUCACCGUGGGCCCGGUGGUGGGCGAGACGCGCAAGAAAGUCCGCCCCGCGUUUGCGCUGCUGGACACGCGCUAUGCAAGCGUGUCCCAGGAGCGUGCGCGCUACACCGUCGGCGGGCGCUGCCCCGUGCUGCAGCCCAACUACGGCCUGCUCGCCACGGCCUCGGCAGUGCAUCGCGGCAUCUGCCAGCGCCUGGUGCUGGAGCUUAUGCAGCGCCUGGGUGCGGCCGUGCUGGCCAACCGGCCCGUCUCGGUGUACUUCCCGAGUGUGGGCCGGCUGUUCACCAACAAGGCCAACCGGAUCCAGUUUGAAUUCGACCAGCUGCUGAGGGAGUACUUCGAGCUGGAGCGGGAGCGUGUCAUCGCCGAGAUGGAGUACGGCAAGGACGACCGGCGGCCGGCGUCCAGGUCGCGUGGCGAGCAGCCGCCGCCGCAGCCGCUGGAGGAGGAGCCGGUGCCGCGGCUGGUCAAGGGGCUGCAGCAGGUGCACCUGCACAACCCGCCCAACAUCCAGGACAGCAGCAGGCCUGCGACGGGCGCCUCCACCUCGCCGUCGGCGCGGGUGAGGCGCCAAGCACACGCGCCAUACAAGGGCGCGCUGCUGGAGCUGUGGCGUCUGUGCAAGAGCACUGACAGGAUCAACUCGGGCUGCGUGUCGCGGCUGCAGCUGGAGCAGUGGCUGCAGCGCGAGUGCGGCGCCGCGCUGCGCAAUGUCGCCGCGGCCACAGUGCUGGAGCUGCUGUCAGUCAACACCUAUGGCAAAACCGGCAAGCACAUCCUGUACAAGCCAUUCCUGGACCAACUGGAGUCCGCGGUCGGCGACGUCAGCCCCGUGGAGCUGUCGCCCCAGAACGUGCAGUCGCCGCGCCGGGUGGUGGACGUGCUGGUGGAGAGCCCCACAGGCGCACAGCUGCGGCAGGCGCAGCUGGAGCGGCGGCUGGAGUGGGAGCAGGAGCAGUUGCUGGACGAGCAGGAGCAGGGCUACCAGCAGGGCUACCAGCAAGGUUACCAGCAGGGCUACCAGCAGCAACAGGGCCAGCAGGGUCAGGACGUCGCGAACGUAACGUUCUCACCCGCGGCCGGCGGCGGCACCGGGCAGUUCCCGCCGCCCGCACUGGCGCUGCCGGCGACACCGGCCAUGCCGGUCACCCCGGGCAUGCCGGCCGCGCAGGGCUGGGCUGGCGGCGCCACGCCGCAGCCGUUUGGCGGCGGCUGGGACAACGGGGCUACGCCGCUGUCUGCGCCGCCGGCCUCGGAGCCGCCGCUGCCGCACCACUACUACCAGAACCACCUCAUGCCGCACUCACGCCGGGAAUACGACAACUUCAACCGCGUGCACUUCGACAAGCUGGAGCAGGCGCGCGGCCUGGACUACAAGCACCGUGCGGUGACGCCCAAGGUGGGCGAGGACGAGCUCAACCGCCGGGAGUACCACGCGGUGCGGCAGAUGGGCGACGCGGUGCCGCCCGAGGUGGUGCUGGGGCUGCCUGUGGACUCGCCCUACAGCCGCGGAACACCACAGCCAAUCGUGUCGGCCAACCGGCAACGCGGCUCACCCGGGCCGCGGCCGCAGAUCAUGACCCUGGCACACGAGCCGCCGCCGUCCUCGCCACCGCCGCCGGCACAGCCGGUGCCCGGCCUGCCAGGGCACUUCUAUCAGCUGCGGCCUGCCAGUGCCCGGCAGCCCACGCCCAGCCUGGCCGGCACUCCGAGCCAGCCACCGGCCCAGUCGCGGGCGCCGGCCACACCGCAGCUGUUCCAGCAGCAGGGGAUGCAGCAGCAACCGCACCAGCAGCAACAGCUGCAGCGGCAGCAGUCCACGCCUGGGUCGGCGUCGGGGCUUCCGCCGCGGGGCAUGACGCCGCAACGCGGCGGUGGCGGCGGCGGCGCCAUUCCGCCGGCGCCGCUGCCGCAGCAGCGGGGCUCCACGCCGCAGCACCGCGCCUACCCGGCCUGGGAGGCGGUGGCGCGGGAUGACACGCCGCCCAUCUCGCAGUACGAGAUCAUCAAUGAGGCGGACCCGGUGCUGCGCCAGCGGAAGCGCGCGGAGCUGGCGCAGGCGCUGCAGAGCACGUACGCCGAGCAGAUCCGGGAAAAGGAGCGUGUGCUGAAGGGCCUGGAGGCUGCGGAGUCACGCUGGCCAUACGUGAACGGGGGCCAGCCGCAGGACAAGCGGCCCUCCAGCGCCGUGAGCCGCCCGGCCUCGCAGUGGGGGCCCUACGACGAGCGCUGAGCGCAGGGCAGAGUGGCUCAUCGGAGAGGUUGAGCAGUUAGCGUGUGUGCGUGGCCAACCGACGGUGCUAGCUGUGGGGAGCUGACGAGUGGUGGAAGGGUUCCACACCAAGGAGCGGCAUGGCCUCGAUGCAUGGGUCGUGCGCACGAGGUAUACCGUACGCAUACCUGCUGCUCGUUGACAGCCUGCAUAUGACCACUAUCGCAGUUAUGUCUGAUGUCGUGGACAUUAAGCUCAGUAGUUUUGUGUACACCAGGCAACACGAGUUACUGACACGAGUCAUGGCUUUCGCGACAUGGUAUACGAAAUAAUACGAGAGGGUGUUCAAGUGCAUGAGGCUGUAGGCUGAAGCGAGCACUGCAUGACGUCGACUCAAGAUUGCGACUAUGCCGGAUGCACUACUAAUCUGCUCGACUAUCGGUGGUGAUCAGCAAUUUAGCAUGGCUGCUUGACUGAUGAGGGGUGGGCAAGAGAGUCACGUAGCUAGGCCACUGAGUUACCAGAGCAGGGAAGUACCAGAAGUACUUGAUGUACAACCUGUGCAGGUCACGUUACAGCGCUUUGUGCCUGUCAUGAUACUAUCGUAGAAACAAAACGAUGGCGGAUGCCGCCCUGACGGAUCCCAGUGUGUGCACCGUUCAAAUCGAGGUAAUUGUGGCAGUCGGGCUACUGUGGUCACAAUGCGUGCACCCGCAAGUGUAAAUCAGCAGUUCC